AUGGAACAUUUAUUAAAUCCAAUUGGCGAACCAAGUGUGGUUCAAAACACAGUCAAUGCAGGUGAGAGUGGUGAAGAAUUAAAAGAUGUAUUUGAUAGGAUAAGGACACAUUUUCCCCCUGCUAAAAUUAAAAAAAUAAUGCAAACAGAUGAAGACAUUGGUAAGGUUUCGCAAGCGACGCCUGUAAUUGCUGGUAGAUCUUUAGAAUUUUUCAUGACAAUGUUAGUUAAAAAAAGUGGUGAUGUUGCAAGAAACAUGGGUUCAAAAAGAAUAACGGCCGAUAUACUGAAGAAGACUAUAAUGGAGGAUGAAAAAUUCGAUUUCUUACGAGAGAAUGUAUGUGGUGAAGAGCUCAAUGAGGAAGAGGAAGAGGAGACUUGA